AUGGGUUAUGGUAGAAGUGAUCGUUACGGAGACCGAGGCGGAUACGGAUACGUUGAGCCAAUGGGAAAACCAAAUGCGCCAAUCACCAACUUCGAGAAGAACUUCCUUCGUACGAACUCAGAGAUGAGUCCGGAAGACGUUGAGAAGUUCAGAACAGCAAACGAAAUGAAAAUAACUGGAAACAACAUCCCAGCGCCAUCUGCGUCGUUUCGAGACUGUGGGUUCGAUCGCGACGUGGUUGAUUAUUUUGAGAACCAGAAGCGGUAUGAGAAGCCAACAAGCAUUCAGGCCCAGGGGUGGCCAAUGGCACUUUCUGGGCGAGACAUGAUUGGAAUAGCGGCCACUGGGUCAGGAAAGACCCUCUCGUUCCUGCUUCCUGCGUUUACGCAUGCAGCAGCUCAGCCAGCCCUGAGACCAAAUGACGGUCCCAUUGCGGUGGUGCUGGCACCAACGAGGGAGCUGGCUACGCAAAUUGAGACGGUGGCGAACGAGCUGUGCCGCCUCGGAUGCUUCAGAAACAUCCGAUCGCACUGCGUCUACGGCGGUGCCUCUGCCGGCCCGCAAAAGAAGGCACUUAGGGAAGGAGUUGAAAUUCUUGUUGCUACACCUGGAAGACUCAUCGACCUCCACAAACAGGGAUUCUGCCCAUUGGGUCGAACCACCUUCCUUGUUCUUGACGAGGCAGACAGAAUGCUUGAUAUGGGAUUUGAGCCACAGCUGAAUGAGAUAGUUCCACAAACUAAUCCAGGAAGACAGACACUGAUGUGGUCAGCAACGUGGCCAAAGGAGGUGAAGGAGCUUGCGUAUCGAUACACGAGCAGGGACGCCAUUCAGGUCGUGAUAGGAAGCGAGGAGCUGGAGGUGAACAAGAAGAUCGUGCAGAACGUGGAGGUGGUUUCAGUCCACGACAAAAUGAAGAAGCUGCUCUACAUUUUGCAGGAUUAUAGGGCAGAAAGAGUGCUCAUAUUCUGCAACAGGAAGAUGACGUGUGACAGGCUCGAAAGGGAGCUCAGAAGAGAGCGAUUUGGGGCCACUGCCUUGCACGGUGACAAAUCACAGGGCGCCAGGGAUGCGAUAUUCGACAACUUCAAGCGAGGACGCGAUCCAGUUCUCAUUGCAACUGACGUGGCUGCAAGGGGACUGGACGUGAAGGAGAUCAGGAUGGUCGUGAACUACGAUUUGCCCCACAACUUGGAGGACUACGUUCAUAGGGUGGGACGUACUGCUCGUGGAUCAGAGGAGAAGGGAUACGCGUACACGAUGUUCAGCCCAGAAGAGGACAGUACGCUGGCUCGUAAAUUCAUCGAAAUUCUGAAGAAGAGCAACGUGGAGAUACCGAGGGAGAUGGAGGAGAUUGCACAGAGAAGCGGUGGAAGCAGCAGGUCACGAUACGACCGAUACAGCCGUGGCAGAGGUGGAUACUCUUCUGGCAGAACCAAUUCACGAGAUUACUACUGA